AUGAGGCGAACGAAGGUCCGAGGGGGCCGGAAUCGUCCAAAAUCUGAGGCGUCGGGGUGGGUUUUCGACGAAACUUCAACACAUUCUCAGAAUGAAAAUGAUCAGCAAUUGGAGAAAUCCAAAUCAGGUGGUGAUGACGGACGGUUAGAUUUAUAUGCAAUUGCUGCUUUGACUGAGCACAUGAAUGGAGCUAACAGAGGUUCUAUUGAGAACUCUGAUGCACAGAGAGGAUCGGACAUCGAUUCUUCCAUCUUCAAUUCAAGCCAAAAUGGAGUUCAGAUUGAUGAAUCCAACAAUAACUCUGGAGUAGAGGGUACACGAGAAAAACUUAUUUCGUUAAUCACAAUUGGGAGUUCAAAUACUGACCAGAGUGAAGAAGUUCAUUCAUCUGAUUCUUCAAUUGCCAAAGGGAGGACAGCAUCCUUGAACACUAAUGAUAAUGCCGAUUCUGGUCAGAAUGAGAGUGGCGACGAUACCAGCAAUGACGCAAAUGUAAAUGGGAGAGACAACAGCAGUGACAAUCAGAGCAACACUAAUGAUAAUAACAAUUCAAGUUUAAAUGAAAAUGUUGCUCAGAACAACAUCAACGAGAAUGCUGGUCAGAAUGAGAAAAAUCCAAAAAUUAUGUAG